GGCAUGACAAAAAAUAGCAGAUCAAUUCCACUUCAAUUAGCGUUGUCACCCAUCAUGUUUAUCUCUCUUGGUUUAUUCACUCCUCCGCAGCUGCUGUUACGGAUCAGUUGUUUUCAUCAGCUGUUCAGAGUUCAUCACACUCUAAAGCACAUAUAAGGAGUGACAGGAGAAGGGAGUCUUAUUAAAAGAGAAGUUUGUUAGAAGUGGGCUGGACGCUGCAAAGUGACAUGGAAGCGAGGCUGCUCAAAACCAGAGCGAAAAUAUCAAACAUGCCCCAAAUUCACUGUACUUAAUCUGGUGCUCUUAUCUUAAACCGUUAUGCAACGUGAUGAGUGUAUUAGUGAGAAUGUGUGUCUUGUGAAUGUUCCUGGCAUACAGUGAACAAAACAAAUCCUGUCCAUGCUUGCAAAGCCCAUGUCAAAGGCUCUGAUGACUUGCCCUACUUCUGACUGGCCCUCGGGCAAUAAAAAAUGGAGACACCUCUGCUAGCCCUGUGACAUUAGUCAGCUGAGUCUCAGGACUGCUUCCCGAGAGAUCAUGCAGUUCAUGGCAAAGGGGGGAAAUAAAUGCGUGAGUAGUUCUUUAGUGCGUCAUGUUCUAAUUUUGUUUUCUCAAAUCUUCCUUAACCGCUAACCAGAUACAAAACAUGGCAGUAUCUCCAAGUCAAUAAACAACCAGGACAGUUAAGUCUGCCUCUGCCGCAUAACCCUAUUUGUACAAAGGAGUAUGAACAUAACAUAGCUAUAUCAUAUCAUAUCAAAUCAAAUCUACACUAUAUAUUUUGCAAUAUGUCACUGUGACUUAGCCUAGACUCAACAGGGGGUCGUUAAAUAUGUUCAGACAUUUGAACCUAUUAAGAACUUAAUCAUUCAUCACACAAGUGCAACAAAAACAGUGGCGCCUCUGAAGCUCUCUCUCAGUUUACAGCACCACUCCCUUGACCAUGCUUGCAUACUGCUAAACAUCUGGAAGUGCUGAUGACAUGUGUACAUAUUUCAUUCCUCUCAGAGCCACUGAAGCAAAGUAAUUAAUUGCCAGUAGAGUAGAGUAGUUGAGUUAUCGAUUUAUUUCUCUAGUAGUUGAGUUAUCUAUUUAUCUUUCAGUCACAGCUUAGACCCACCCAAACGCCACUGUGCCAUUUCCUGUGAUCUGUAGUAGGGCCAUGUCUGUGUGACCAAACUAGGGUUGGCUCAUCGACAUUACAGAAAAGUGUGGUGUGUGGCUGCCAUGCUCAAAAGCUUCUUCUCUGAUGAAGAAUGAGUCGUCAUGAAAGGUUCGGCUUCAAAACUGCCGUGCCUGCUACGGAUGAGUACACCAGUUGUCGAUAACGAAGACGCUCGUCUGAGGGUGGAGCGAGAGAAAAGGACGCAAUAAAGCAGAAAGGGCCGAGGACACGGCUGUCCCUCAGAGGAAGAAGCGGUUGCGUUCCCCACAGCAUGUACGCCUGCCACUCUCCACAGCAGCCACAGCAGUUGGCAGUUCUCAUGACCGGCGUGUCACUUCCCUCCUAGCUCCACCAGUGGCAGGGUGGGGUGGGGUGGAGGAAGUGAAGGAGAGGGCGGGAGAGCCCUGAGAGCACCCAUCUGCCAGUACAGAUAACCCUUGGGCUGUUUUUUGCUGCGCAUGUUUGACACGAUUGGAUGUGACCGCUACAUUUUGCCACAGCGGUCCCUCUGUGCACCAUGCAGUGGCGAAGGAGGCACUGCUGCCUGGCCAAGAUGACCUGGAGCUGCAAGCGGUCGCUCUUCCGCAUCCAUGUAGUGUGGCUGCUGUCGCUGGCCUUGCUCUCGGCAGCCAUGCUUUUCUUCAGCCAACAGGACUGGCUGCCCGGCCACACCGGCCUCCGGGAGAACCCUGUGGCCUACACGAUGCAGCACGGCUUCCGGCCCAGGAGCGAGGGCAACCAGAGCUCGCUGAGGAGCCUCUGGAAGGAGACAGGCUACGCGUUGCCAAAGCCCCAGGCCAACCUGAGCAGCCAUCAGGCCGAGCCGCCUCCCCCGGCUGCCGAGCUAAGCCUGGAGGACUCGCUCAGCACCAACAGCAGCCUGCAAGGCGAAAUGGGGGUGGGCGGGAAGCUGGCAGCCCAGCCCUACCGGUACAUCCUUAACGAGCCCCACAAGUGCCGGGAGAGCAGCCCAUUCCUGGUGCUGCUGAUCGCUGCUGAGCCGGGUCAGGCAGAGGCCAGGAACGCCAUCAGGCAGACGUGGGGGAACGAGAGCGUGGCAGCUGGCCUGGGCUUUGUGCGGCUUUUUCUGCUGGGCACAAGCUCGAGCCGGUCUGAGGCGUACCCGCAGAGCGCCAUCGAGGAUGAGAGCCACCAGUUCCACGACAUCAUCCAGCAGGACUACCUGGAUACCUACUACAACCUGACCAUCAAAACGCUGAUGGGCAUGAACUGGGUAGCCACACACUGCUCGCGAGCCAGCUAUGUGAUGAAGACCGACAGCGACAUGUUUGUCAACAUCGAGUAUCUCAUUCAGAAGCUUCUCAAACCCGACCAGCCCCCGAAGAGGAACUACUUCACCGGCUACCUGAUGCGGGGCUACGCGCCAAACCGCAACAAAGACAGCAAGUGGUACAUGCCAUCCGAGCUCUACUCAAGCGAGAGAUACCCCAUCUUCUGCUCGGGAACAGGCUAUGUGUUCUCGGGGGACCUGGCAGAGAAGAUCUACCAGGCCUCUCGGAGCAUUCGUCGGCUACAUCUCGAGGAUGUGUACGUGGGCAUCUGCUUGGCCAAGCUGAGGAUCGACCCAGUGCCGCCGCCCAACGAAUUCCUCUUCAACCACUGGCGCGUGUCCUACUCCAGCUGCAAGUACAGCCACCUCAUCACCUCUCACCAGUUUCAGCCCAAUGAACUUAUCAAGUACUGGAACCACCUGCAAAGCAACAAGCACAAUGCAUGUGUCAACAUGGCCAAGGAGAAGAACUCACGCUACCGUCACCGGAGGCUGCAUUCUGACAGGUUCUUAUGAUAACUGGCCACAGGGUUAGCCUGGUUGUCAGUGGUGUCGACAGGUCAGAGGUCAAAUACAGAAUAGAAAAGGUGAUGUGUAUUCCUUCAAGCUCAGCGUUACACUGAAUAGGCAACAGCACAGUGUUUUUGGUAUUGUGUACAGUCGACUAAUACUAUUUUUUUAAUUUGAGACAGAUGUUAUGUAUUGUGAAUCUGUAACUCUUUUUAAAAGGACAGUGUGAUACAUGUUGAUGUGCAAUAUUGAGCAUGCACAAAAACAAAAGGAAAAAAAAUGUAUAUAGCAACAUAAAUAUAUAUGAAUAUAUCUACAACAGUGGUUUUAAUCAUAGCAGGUGCCAACAAUGAUGUAUGUGGUGAGGUUGUCAAUAUUUUCCUGAAAAUUUUAAUUUGGUCUAUGCACAGUUAUACCACACUGGGUCCAAUUUGAUUGAGUCUAUUUGUUUUGACUUACUACAAAGGCAAAGCAGUGAAGUAGAUAAUUGCAUGAAAUGGGGAUAUGCACUCUGCAACCACUUUUAGUGUGACAUUCCAAAAAGCAGGACCCCAGGCUGAUUCCUAAACUGCCCAGAACACACCAAAUGAUCGUCUACCUGAGAAACUGCAUAUGGUCAAAUUCUUAUUAUACACAGUAUUUAAACACAGAGUGAGCGGGUGUAUCGUUCUAUACCAAUGCUGUCAGAUAUAUUAUAUUGAGAUUGUAUUUUUCAGAGCUUUACAUUUGCACUCGAGGUAGUGUGAAGUGAGAAUUAUUGAUUAAAUGUAUUUCCUCCA